UUAUAAUUUCUUAUUUCCUUUUCAUAUUACAUCAACGGAGCAGAAGCAGGGUAAUCAAUAAUGGCGGCUCAGCUCGUGAGACGACUCCUCGGAAGCCGAUCGAACCAGAUCCUUUCCCCUAUUAACCCUAAUCCUACCUCAAUUUUACCUUCACCUAGAUGCUUCUCUGCCGACACCACGCCGAUCCGAGCCACUCUCUUUCCUGGUGACGGAAUCGGCCCCGAAAUCUCCGAGUCCGUUAAACAGGUGUUCAGAACAGCUGAAGUGGCAAUUGAAUGGGAGGAGCACUAUGUUGGAACUGAAGUUGAUCCAAGAACUCAAAGUUUUCUGACAUGGGAAAGUUUAGAAUCAGUACGGAAAAAUAGGGUAGGCUUAAAAGGGCCUAUGGCAACACCAAUUGGAAAAGGUCAUCGUUCUUUGAAUCUUACUUUGAGGAAAGAACUUAAUUUGUAUGCCAAUGUUAGGCCUUGCUAUAGCCUUCCUGGCUAUAAAACUCGGUAUGAUGAUGUAAAUCUUAUCACUAUCCGUGAAAAUACUGAAGGGGAGUACAGUGGUCUGGAACAUCAAGUGGUAAGAGGUGUGGUCGAGAGUCUCAAAAUUAUCACCCGUCAGGCUAGUUUGAGGGUGGCUGAAUAUGCUUUUCAUUAUGCCAAGACCCAUGGAAGAGAAAGAGUGUCUGCAAUACACAAAGCUAAUAUUAUGCAGAAAACGGAUGGUCUCUUUCUUAAGUGUUGUCGUGAAGUUGCAGAGAAGUACCCUGAGAUAGUAUAUGAGGAAGUUGUUAUUGACAAUUGCUGUAUGAUGCUUGUGAAAAAUCCAGCACUAUUUGAUGUAUUGGUGAUGCCCAACCUUUAUGGUGACAUUAUCAGUGAUUUAUGUGCUGGUUUGAUUGGUGGAUUGGGCCUAACACCAAGUUGCAACAUUGGAGAGGGAGGAAUCGUCCUUGCUGAAGCUGUUCAUGGUUCAGCGCCUGAUAUUGCUGGAAAGAAUUUGGCAAAUCCAACUGCCUUGCUGCUGAGUGCUGUGACAAUGUUGCGCCAUUUAGAGCUGCAUGAUAAGGCUGAUAGGAUCCAGAAUGCUGUCCUUAACACAAUUGCAGAGGGAAAGUAUAGAACCGGUGAUCUUGGUGGCUCUGCAACAACAAGUGAUUUUACCAAGGCUAUUUGUGAUCAUCUUUGAAGAUAUGUUGCUAGAUAGGAUUGAGGUUAUGUUGAAUUACCAGCUUUGAUUUUUCGGAGCCACGUCUCAGAUGUUCAUUUCUUUCACUACAGUUUUUUCUUUGAUGGGGAAUAAGACCAUGAUGAUAAUUGAAAAGUUCGCCCUGAUGCCACUGUUCAUUCCGGGGGAAUAUGGGUGUGCUAGAGAAGGUAAAUAUGGGAUAAUUAUUGUGGCUGUCAUAAAAAAGCCAAAAAAUUUCAACUAGAAGGUUUUUUUUUAAGAGGAAUGUGCUCUGAAGUGAGCAUUGCUUGUUUUCUUUUUGGUAAUUUGAUCACUAAUAUUAUAACAUGAGAUAAAAGCAUCAUUUUUGUUA